UUACCGUCUACAGAAAACAAUAGGGAAGGGAAAUUUUGCCAAAGUGAAACUGGCAAGACAUGUUCUAACUGGUAGAGAGGUUGCUGUGAAAAUAAUAGAUAAAACUCAGCUAAAUCCUACCAGCCUACAAAAGUUGUUUCGAGAAGUACGGAUCAUGAAAAUAUUGAAUCAUCCCAACAUAGUAAAGUUGUUCGAAGUUAUCGAAACAGAGAAGACCCUCUACUUAGUCAUGGAAUACGCAAGUGGGGGUGAAGUAUUUGAUUACUUAGUUGCCCAUGGAAGAAUGAAAGAAAAAGAGGCCCGUGCAAAAUUUAGGCAGAUUGUGUCUGCUGUACAGUAUUGCCAUCAAAAAUGCAUUGUUCACCGUGAUCUUAAGGCUGAAAACCUUCUCCUUGAUGCUGACAUGAAUAUUAAAAUUGCUGACUUUGGUUUUAGUAAUGAAUUUACAGUCGGGGGCAAACUGGACACAUUCUGUGGAAGCCCACCCUACGCCGCUCCUGAGCUAUUCCAAGGGAAGAGGUACGACGGGCCCGAGGUGGACGUGUGGAGUCUCGGUGUCAUUCUCUACACGCUGGUCAGUGGCUCCUUGCCUUUCGAUGGCCAGAAUUUAAAGGAACUGCGUGAGCGAGUCUUACGAGGGAAAUACCGUAUUCCCUUCUACAUGUCCACGGACUGCGAGAACCUUCUGAAGAAGUUAUUAGUGCUGAACCCAGUUAAGAGAGGCAGCUUGGAACAAAUAAUGAAAGAUCGGUGGAUGAAUGCUGGUCACGAAGCAGAAGAACUAAAGCCAUAUACUGAGCCUGAACCAGAUUUCAACGACACAAAAAGAAUAGACAUCAUGGUCACCAUGGGUUUUGCACGAGAUGAGAUAAAUGACGCCUUAAUAAAUCAGAAAUAUGACGAAGUCAUGGCUACUUACAUUCUUCUAGGUAGAAAACCACCUGAAUUCGAAGGCGGUGAGUCAUUUUCCAGUGGAAACUUGAGUCAGAGGUCACGGCCCAGUAGUGACCUAAACAACAGCACUCUCCAGUCCCCUGCUCACUUGAAGGUCCAGCGAAGCGUCUCAGCCAACCAGAAGCAGCGGCGUUUUAGCGACCAUGCUGGCCCGUCCAUUCCUCCCGCCGUCUCAUAUACGAAAAGGCCUCAGGCUACCAGCGUGGAAAGUGAGCAGAGAGGGGGGUGGGACAGAGACGUCACAGCUCGCAAACUUGGCAGCACAACAGUUGGAUCAAAAAGCGAGAUGACUGCCAGCCCCCUCGUGGGGCCAGAAAGGAAAAAAUCUUCAACUGUUCCAAGUAACAACGUGUACGCCGGAGGUAGCAUGGCUAGGAGGAACACGUACGUCUGUGAGAGGACCACCGACCGCUGCACGGCGCUGCAGAACGGGAAGGACAGCAGCCUUACGGAGAUGUCCGUGAGUAGCGUGUCCUCUGCAGGUCCUGCUGUGGCUUCUUCGGCUGUCCCCUCGGCACGACCCCGCCACCAGAAGUCCAUGUCCGCUUCUGGUCACCCUCUUAAAGUUACACUGCCGACCAUUAAAGACGGCGCUGAAGCUUACCGACCCAGGGAUCCAAGUGAAGGCGAAGCCAGUGGCAGAGCCGACACCUCAAGAAGCACAUCCGGGGAGCCGAAAGAAAGAGACAAGGACGAAGCCAGAGACUGCAAACCGCGUUCCCUGCGCUUCACCUGGAGCAUGAAGACCACCAGCUCGAUGGACCCCGGCGACAUGAUGCGGGAGAUCCGGAAGGUGCUGGACGCCAACAACUGCGAUUACGAACAGAAAGAGAGGUUUUUGCUCUUCUGUGUCCACGGAGACGCCCGACAGGACAGCCUCGUGCAGUGGGAGAUGGAAGUCUGCAAGCUGCCCCGGCUGUCCCUGAACGGGGUCCGCUUCAAGCGCAUCUCGGGAACGUCGAUCGCCUUUAAGAACGUUGCGUCCAAAAUAGCAAAUGAGCUAAAACUGUAAAGCAACUCGAAAUUUCCAGGCUCAGGGAAGAUAACAGCCAGAUUAUGAGCACAGACGCGUCUCUACAGUGUCGAGCAGUGCAUCAGUUAAGACAUAAUGCCACCUCAGGAAUUAACUGGCAUUGGGAGCGUUCGUCUCGUUCUCUUCCCGUCCUUUGCACCUACCCCCGACACCUGUACGUAAGUACUUAAGAGAAGUUGAGCAAAACAUACUGUUGAUAACAGCCUAUCACUGAUUUACGCUCAUGUGGUUGUUCAGGUUUCCCCAUGUAACCCGUUCGUUUUUACUAUUUUGCCAGAUCUCUUGUACUUACGCCACAUCGUUACGCCUGUAACGUGCAGCUUUGUGAUCGGGCAUUUGCCCACUUUUCUUUCACGAUUAGUGAUAUAUGCCAUGUAAAACCACUAGUAAAGGUACAUUUUAAUACUUGUUAUUUUAUACUGGAUUAGCCCUGGAGGUUGACUGUGCAAUGUUAUUUAAUGUUGUAAUUACUGUAAUAUCUGCACAUGGAUGGGCCCCAUCUGCACACUCCUGAGAAAUAGAAAGUGUAUUCAAAUUUUAUCAGUUGAAAAAACAAUAAAGCUGUGAUAAAUACUGUAAUUCUAACCUACAUUAGAAAGCUCUCAGUGUAGGUGACCUGCCAUGUCAUAAUGGCUUCCAGACUAGGAUGAAUCUUACAUUCUGUACUGUACUGUGAUGUCGCUUUCUUCUGUACUGUUUUAGAAUGAAGUGUAUUUUUGCCUUAGCAAAGGGUGGUGUUUGGAAAAAAAAAAAAACACAACAACAACAAAACCACAGCUGUGUAGCCCCUUUUUAAUCCAGUGUUCAUUCAAAAAAAAAUCGAUGCAGAUCUUCUUACUUUCACUGGUGCAAACUGAAAUCUGACUUGAACCGUUCUCAUAAUAAAGCACUUGUCCUUCGCUCUUUA